CAUCUCCAUCAGAAAAAUUAACUGUUUUAAGCUGCGAAGAAUGGCUAUGCCCUCAUCCUCUAAAAUCUUCCUCAUUGCCUUUUCCAUGUCUCUACUCUCGUUUUCAUCUUUAGCCCGAGGUUAUUCAAUAGUGGGCUAUUGGCCGGACGAUCUAACCUCCAUGGAUAAACUCAUGGAGCUCUUCGAGUCCUGGAUGGACAAACAUGGAAAGAUUUACGAGACCAUCGAAGAGAAAUUGCGUAAAUUUGAUGUUUUCAAGGACAAUGUCAACCACAUUGAUGAAACCAACAAGAGGGUCAGCAAUUACUGGCUCGAAUUGAACGAAUUUGCUGACUUGACCCACGAAAAGUUCAAGAAUAUGUAUCUGGGUCUGAAGCAAGACUUGGCCGGACGGCGGAGGUGGCCUGCAGGCAACGGAGAUUUCACUUGCAAGGAUGUCGUUGAUUUGCCCAAGGACAUAACCAUGGCGGCUGUUUCAUCACUGCAGCGCUGCUUUUCACCUCCAGUAAACAAGAAAGGCCUCAAAUCCCCAAACCCAUUUCCCAAAACCAUUAGUUUUUUGUUGGGUUCGGUUUCUUCUGGGGUAAAUCAAUGGAGAAGGCGACCAUUUCUAUGCUGCUGCAAUAACUUCAGCCAACCAGAAGAAGAAAAGAAACUUGUAUGUAUGGAAGAAGGAGAUGAGUUAGGGACCAAAAGAAGACAAGUUAUGAUUCAGAUGGGUUUUGCUACCUUUUCUCUUCCCCCAAUUGUGUUUGUAUCUAAUGCAAUGGCAGAAAUUGGUAUCCCACAAGAUUUCCGUCCUUAUACUGAUGAUAUGAAUAAGUUCAAGAUAAUGAUUCCCCAAGAUUGGCAAGUAGGGAUGGGAGAACCAAAUGGUUUCAAAUCUGUAACAGCAUUCUAUCCAGAAAAAACCUCCAGUUCCAAUGUCAGUGUAGUGAUCACUGGGAUUGGUCCAGAUUUUACUAGGAUGGAAUCAUUUGGCAAAGUUGAUGAAUUUGCUGAUACUUUGGUCAGUGGAUUGGAUAGAAGCUGGCAGAGGCCCCCAGGUGUGGCAGCAAAACUCAUAGACUGCAAAUCUGCUAAUGGCUUCUAUUACAUUGAGUAUACACUACAAAGUCCUGGAGAAAGUAAAAAACAUUUGUUUACAGCAAUUGGAAUGGCAUUUAAUGGUUGGUAUAACAGACUAUAUACGGUUACAGGGCAGUUUGUUGAAGAAGAAGCACAGACAUAUGGUCCCCAAAUUGAGAAGACUGUAGCAUCAUUCAGAUUCAUUUGAAGAAACGGUAACCGGCUAUUGUUUGAGGGACCAAAAAAGAAAAAGGGAAAAAGAAAGAUAUUGCAUGGUGGAAGCAUAGUUGGACUUCUUAAAUGAUAGUAUUUUGAUUCCAUUUAUUCAAAUGAAGGCUUAAGAAGUUAAAUCAUCUUUCCUUUGGGGAUUUAUUUUUGUCAGUUAUAAAAUACAACAUUCCAU